AACUUGUUUCUCCUUCUCUCCAUUCUCUUCAUUUGGCACCGAUCGUUCAUCAUUAUAACAUCGAUGUUUUUCUUCUUUGAACUGUUUCUUGUUAUAAUUUAUAUCAGGAUUACGAUGCCUUUGUAAUAAUGGUUCAUGACAUUUGUAUUGUUUUGUAUAAUGGAUAUUUUUACCAUUUUUACCAUGUUUCCAAGCUUUUGUAUAAUCUGCUUGUUUGGUAUAGACAUUCUUGUCAGCUGUUAUUGGUUUCUCUUUUGUUAAUGCAGCCAUCAGAUCUGAAUUGUGUAAAAGAUGUAAACAUAACACAUCCAACAUGUGACCGUACGGAAGUUUUUAAAUAUAGAGACGAAAUUUUUCGAUUGAAAAAAAAUCUCCCAAAUGAAAAAUAUCUUCCCGAUGGGAUAAAUUAGCUUUAAAUUAUGAUUUUUCUUUUUUUUUUUUUCCCCGCGUUAUAGCGUUAUUAUAUAUAAUAGCAUUAAAAUAAUAUGUA